UAAAAAGUAAACAUGGCCGAUGAAAAAAGCAUGACACCUUACUCUGUCAAAUUUAUUCUUUUCCAUCACAUUGACAGUUUGAGAUAAUUGUAAAUAACAUAUUUUUACACAUCUUUAUUCAAAAUGUCAAAUGAUUUUGAACUGACGCCUUUGAUUGAUGAAGAUGAUGAGCUGUCUGACUGGAAUCUUCUCGUUGCCUUUAACGAACUUCGUCACUGGGAAAAAAUUGAAGGGUCAAAGAAAGUUACCCAGACUUGGAGAAUGAAAGAAAGGAUGAAGACCGUUAGUGUUGCAUUAGUUCUUUGUUUGAAUGUGGGCGUUGAUCCACCAGAUAUUGUCAAGACUUCACCAUGUGCCAGACUGGAGUGUUGGAUAGACCCAGUGACAGCAGGACCACAGAAAACUUUGGAGGCUAUUGGUUUAAAUUUACAGAAGCAAUAUGAAAGAUGGCAGCCUAGAGCUCGAUAUAAACAAAGUCUUGAUCCAACGGUGGAUGAAGUGAAGAAAUUAUGUUCAUCACUGAGAAGAAAUGCUAAAGAAGAAAGAGUUUUGUUUCAUUAUAAUGGUCAUGGUGUGCCAAAGCCAACAGUAAAUGGAGAAAUCUGGGUAUUUAAUAAGAGUUACACCCAGUAUAUUCCAUUAUCUAUAUAUGACUUACAGACUUGGAUGGGAAGUCCCUCUAUAUAUGUAUAUGACUGUUCAAAAGCUGGCAUUAUCGUAGAGUCGUUUCAUCAGUUUUCUGUACAGCGGGAAAAUGAGAUGGAGUCUGCUACUGUGAAUGGAAACAGUAGAUAUUCUGGAAGUGGGUCUCCUCUCUCCUCAGUGAAGAACUGUAUACAGUUAGCAGCAUGUGGUGCCAAAGAAUUACUGCCCAUGAAUCCUGAACUUCCUGCUGAUCUGUUUACUUCCUGUCUUACUACACCUAUCAAAAUAGCGCUAAAAUGGUAUGUCUUACAAAAUACCAGUAAACUGGUUCCAGGUCUAACAGAAGAAUCAGUUGACAAAGUACCAGGACAAUUAAAUGACAGAAGAACAAUGUUGGGAGAAUUAAAUUGGAUAUUUACUGCCAUAACUGACACCAUAGCAUGGAAUAUUCUACCCAGAGAAUUGUUUCAAAAGCUGUUUCGACAAGAUUUACUUGUGGCCAGUUUGUUUCGUAACUUUCUGCUGGCGGAAAGAAUUAUGCGAUCAUACAACUGUACACCAACAUCUAGUCCAAAGUUACCUCCAACAUACCAGCACCCCAUGUGGCAAGCUUGGGAUCUGGCUUUAGACCUCUGUCUCAGACAAUUACCAACCUUAUUAGAAGAUGAAAAUGCCACAUUUCAACAUAGUCCAUUCUUCACAGAUCAGCUGACUGCAUUCCAAGUGUGGUUAUCCUAUGGUUCUGAACACAGAAGUCCUCCUGAACAACUUCCCAUUGUUCUACAGGUAUUAUUAAGUCAAGUCCACAGACUUAGAGCAUUAGAAUUACUGGGCAGGUUCCUAGAUCUAGGCUCAUGGGCUGUUAGCUUGGCAUUGUCAGUUGGGAUAUUUCCAUAUGUAUUGAAGUUAUUACAGAGCUCUGCCAGAGAACUUAGGCCAUUGUUAGUGUUCAUUUGGGCCAAAAUCUUAUCUGUAGAUAGCUCUUGCCAGGCAGAUUUAGUCAAAGACAAUGGACAUAAAUAUUUCCUGUCUGUUUUAUCUGAUCCAUACAUGCCUGCAGAACAUAGAACGAUGGCAGCUUUUGUUUUGUCUAUGAUAGUAAAUGAAUACAGACAAGGGCAGGAAGCAGCUCUGCAAGGAAAUUUGAUAGCUCUUUCUUUGGAACAACUAUGUGAUCUGAACUCAUCAUUACGUCAGUGGCUAGCUCUAUGUCUUGGAAAGGUGUGGACCCAGUUUGACAAUGCUAGAUGGUGUGGAGUAAGAGAUAUAGCUCAUGAGAAGUUAUAUAAACUACUGGAAGAUGAUGCCCCUGAGGUACGAGCAGCAGCAGUAUUCGCCUUGGGAACAUUUAUUGCCUGUAACACAGAAAGAACAGAUCAUGCUAACAACAUAGAUCUCAGUGUUGGAAUGACUUUUUCUAAUAUAGCUCAAGACGGAAGUCCCUUAGUUAGAAAGGAACUAGUAGUUGCCUUUUCUGCCUUAGUUGCCCAGUUUGAAAGCCAGUUUACUGCUGUAGCUGCCCAGCAUUUAGAGGAUGAGAAGAAGAAAGAUAAAGGGGCACCUGUUGUAGCUGCUGAAACUUCUGGUGGGUGGAAUAUUGUUACUGGGCAAUCUGAACCAUUUACUGGUAUGAAAAAGAGUUCAUCACGGAGCAGUUUUAAAGGUCUUGUAAACUCAUCCAGCUCUAGUCAUUUAUUAGGCAUGGCCCAGUCCAAUUCUACCACGUCAGUUGAUAGUGGUUCCAGUACUGAUGCUCUCCGACGGAACUCUUCCAACAGUAAUCUGGGUUAUGGUUGUAGUACAAUCUAUACCAAUCUAUGGAAAACAUUACUUAGUCUAACAGCUGAUCCAAACCCUCAGGUUCGAGAGGUUGUCAAAUAUAUAGUCAACUCUAUUAAAUUAAAGGCUUCCACUUCUGCAAAACCAAAACCAGUGAUCCAGAAUGCUCGAGUCCCACAUUCAGCACCGUCCAGUCCCUCCAAUAGAGCUUCCAAUCUAAACCAUAUGGGUACACCCCCCAAUAAUGGUCUAGAUGAGAACGUAGGGAUCAAGAGAGAUUUCUCUUCACCAGGAAUGCAAUAUUCUUACUCUGCUCAGUUCUCUCGCAGCAGAAAAUUGUUUGACAAAGGUCCAAAUGGGAUGGACGAACCUAUAAUACCUGAAGAUUCCAAGAAUCCUUUGCAUUUCUCCAUAUCUUCUACCGAGUUCUUUCAGUGGUGUUGUAAGAGGUUUGCCGAACCUGUGAUGAGGUUGUCAGAAGAGAAGGAUCCAGAGAGUUUAUCUCAUCACGAUAGAGAUUUCAAGUUUAGACGGAACUGUUUAAUACGAGAUGAAGCCAAAGAUGAACAGAUUAAAGCAGGUUUUAAUAGACUUGAUGAUCAGGUGUUUGUAAAUAAAAACCAAGGAAUUCCAACUGUGAUCAAGUUUCAUCCUUAUGAGUCAUACAUAGCAGUAGCUGAUAAAGAGAGUAUCAGCUUUUGGGAUUGGGAACAAGGCACAAAGAUGGGUAGUAUACAGAACGAGAAUAUUAAAUCCUCAAAGAUAUCCACAAUGGAAUUUGUAAAUCCACAUGACAAUACACUCCUUCUAUGUGGAUCUGAUGAUGGUGCGGUCAGGAUUUGGAGAAAUUGUCUUUCAGAAAACUCAGAUAGCAAAGAAUUAGUGACUGCCUUCCAAGCCAUCACUGAACCUAUUCCCUUAACUAAAGGAUCAGGGUUGGUGAUAGAUUGGGAACAAGAAUCAGGGAGAUUAUUAGCAUCUGGUGAUGUCCGUUAUAUAAGAGUAUGGGAUUCUGUUACAGAACUUAAAUUACAGGAUAUUCCAACAGGAGCUGAUAGUUGUGUGACAAGUCUAGCAUCAGACUCAGAUGGGAGAUCAUUAGUGAUAGCUGGUUGUGGGGACGGGACAGUCAGACUGUUUGACAGGAGGCUGGCCCCAACAGAAUGCCGAGUAAUGACUUUGAGAGAACAUCCACGAUGGGUUGUAAAGGUGCAUUUACAAAAAGGUGCAGAAGGGAAAAUAGUUAGUGCCAGUAAUGCUGGUGAUGUGAGAUUCUGGGAUCCAAGAUUUACAGAAUCUGUGCGAACACUUAAUCUACAACAAGGACUAACUGCUGUUGAUAUCCACAAACAUGCAGAUGUUUUAGCUUGUGGUUCCUUCAAUCAAAUGAUUGGAGUUUAUAACCAGUCCGGUGAUUCACUGAGUACCAUUAAAUAUCAUGAAGGAUUUCUAGGACAGAGAAUAGGAUCAAUUAAUUGUCUAGCUUUCCAUCCUUAUAAGGUCAAAUUAGCAGCUGGAGGAAACGAUUCAUUUAUCUCAGUGUAUUCUACAGCAGUCAGACGCAGCUGAUAGGCAGUUUUGUUAGAGAUUAAUAUAAAUGUUUUGUUAGAGAUUAAUAUAUAUGUGAUAGACACGACAGGGCACUGAGGUCACUGCAUUAGACCCUUGGACUACAUGUGACAGACAACUACAGGAGAGGAAGUUCAUUGUAUCAGAUUCACCUUAUGCAUGUGUGUGUUUAGAUCACAGAUACAUGAAUACUGAACACUAAUAUUUGUUGUGUUUAUGAUUCAGUACAUUGAUAAAAAUAGUGAUUAAACGAGGUUGUCAGCUCUGCUUAAAGAUUGUGUUACAUACAUUGAUUAACAUAUAAGAAAUAUUAUAACAAAACAUAAGCUUGCUCUACUUAAUAUCAAAUAACAUAUAAAUUGAUAUGAGUUUAUGCUGCAGAAGACAUAGGUCAGAAUUUUUAAUUAAAAUUGGCAGAAUGAUUCAAAAUCUUGUGAAUGCCUAUGAAAGCUUAACUUGAUAGUUUAGGAGAACUGCAUGGGAAAUGUGAUCUCUUGAAGGAUGAUGAAUCUACAAUACUUAUAUACCUCUGAUUUAAAUAACCAAUCAACAUCAUGUCAUACCACAGCCAAUCAAAAUUGUGGCAUAAUAACAGCCAAUCAUCAUGUAGCAUAAACAAAUAUAGUUCUAACACAAUUUAUUUGUAUUGAUGGUUCUGAUUACCGUUCUAAAAUUCUCACUCUAUCCGAGGGAAGAUGACCGUUUGGAUUCAGGAAUAUAUUGACAUGUGAGUUCUUCAAUGAGUUUUACUCCCUUUCACCUAGACAAGUGGCCAAACCUCACUACCCAUCAAUAAAGCCAGGUGGUAUAAAACACUGUGACCACUUUUCAAUGCUGAACAGGACUGAUUUUCCUUGCAUGUGCAUGUCAUUAAAUGAUUGAAUAUGUUCAUUGAAUUAUACAUUAAUUGUUUACUUACAAAUUAAGAUCAUUAAGAUUUGAAUAAUGAUUGCUAUAUUUUCAUUGAAAUUUGCAUUUUGUAUUAAUUUUGAAAUGUUUUUCAACAAAUUCAUGAUCAUAUAAAUAUAUCUCAUCAUGUGUUUUAAUAGAAAUGAUGCUAUUCCAAAAUACUUCAUUUUAACACCAGAUGAACGAUUACACAUGGUUGCAUUUUUGGCCCUUUCUGUCAAGGUUAUUUAUGACCUGAAGUCAUCUUUUGUCAACGCUAAUUACUAUCUGAAGGGUAUAAGAAGUAACCAUAAACAGUUGACUCUUAUGGCGGUUGACAACGAAUGGUACUUAUAACAUAUCUUAGUUCAGUUGUAUGAACAUCUUCAUCCAAAUGAUGACUGAAAUUAAAAUUGAUUUGUUUAUUGUAAAUUAGAGUAGAGGUGUUUAUAUGGUGUUUGAAUUUUGACCUAUGUAUAUCAUGGUUUUACUGUUGCAAAUACCUGAUGACCUAGCUUCACGAGGCAUUAUUAGGGAAACUCAAUUUCAGACAGUUUACUCAUGUUUUAGGUAGAUGAGGUGAAUUGUACAGUAACGUUAUCUGUUAAAAUAAUUUCUGAUGAAAGAAGGCAUAAAACACAUACUUGCUGUUAUGACAUUUUUUUUAUCAUGCACUUUCCUAAUGUAAAACAGUACAUUUGAUGUCUGAUUUGUUUUUGAUAUGAUGAGUGCCAUAUGUGUAUGUAAGUAUGAAAAGUAAAUAUCAACUGAUCUGGAAGAAACAUAGCAUGAGUAUGGAAUAUUGGGAUUUUUUGUAAAGUAAAAAGAAUGUAAGUGGAUGUUGUACAGUGAUAUAAUAAAAGACUGUAUUUGUCAACUGGAUUUCAAUUUGAUCAGAAUGAUAUUUUUUGUUUUAUCUGUUUCAAUGUUAAAUGACUCAUACCAGUGAUGAUAAGUAUUUUUCUUUCCAAUGGCAUUGUCAGUUUAGUUUCAACCUGAAAGUUUUAAUGUUCCUUUGGUAUCUUAAGCCUCUCUUUUAAUACUUUUUAAACCAGAAAGAUAGGAGAAACAAAGAUUUUAAGUAACUUACAUAUGGAACAUAUUACAUAUGGAACAUAUAAGUAUUUUAAUCUAUAGCCAAGGUGAUUUGUUAAUUUUUCAUAAUCUGCUUAAUCUGCGAAAAUUGUCCCAUUAAAAAGCAAAUUAGAAAUAAACCAACAAGGAAGAAUUUGAAUUAAAUACACUUUUAUUUGUUUUUUCUGAUGAAGUCACAUUUUACUUGUUAAGUUUAUUGCAUGCAGUCAGUGACAUCUGAUUUAAAUAAUGAAUUAACCAUAAGCCUGUAAUAUACAUCUUUACAACAUUAGAAUCUUUACUUUUGUAAACAGAAAAACUUUGGUUUCACUGUAAUGCAAAUGUCAAUUUAUCAUUCAUACAUGGUUUCACUGUAAUGCAAAUGUCAAUAUAUCAUUCAUACAUGGUUUCACUGUAAUAGAAAUGUCAAUAUAUCAUAGCAUCAGUUGUCACAGAAAUUUAAGUUUGACUAAUCUAUGUUAUUUUAAUAUGGUGUUAUAUAUGCGAGUGCUGUAUCAGUAAAGUGAUGUUUUAUGAUGAAUUGUAUGCAUACACCAAAUUGAUUCAAUGUUUUAACCAAAUGAUUGUAUUUGUAUGAUGAAAAUAUUAAGUUUGACAUAAAAAUGAUCAUGAUACAUAA